AUGUCAACCCUGAGGGAUACACCCAAGCUAGUAAGCCUUGCAUUGAAUGCUGCUUCCAAGAUAGUAGAAUCUGAUACCAAUGUGUCAACAAUUGACUUAAACUUGUUGGAAAACCUCAACACAAACCAAUCAUUGAACUACAUUAAACUUGAAAAGAAUUUGGAUGAUAUGGAAACCAAUUCAAAUCAACUAAAACAGUUAAAAGCAGAAUUUGAAAGUCAUUCUCAAGAAUUGAUUAGUAUUGAAAACAAAAUAGCAAUAUUAGAAGAAAUAACCACCGAGUUAGAUCAGUGGUCAAAACAGUUGGAACAUAAUGUAGAAAGCGCUGUAAAUAAAGGAAAAUAA